AUCAUAAACUUGUGUAGCGGCCGUUUUUGCCAAAUAUAAAGUGAAUAUACCAAACUCAAUGGAAUUGAAAAUAAAAGUCAAUCACAAUGGGUGAAAAAAUAUUAUACGAUAGAAUAAGGAGCCAUUUGUGACACAUGAGAAAUGUGUAUUUCAAUGCGUAAAGCGUCAUUUUUUUGUUGCUUCUUUGUUGUACAUCGCUGAAUUUUACGAUUUUAAACAAAAUUCGAGAUAGAAGUGAACAUGAAAUAUCGUGUGCAUCGAAGAUUUUGAUCGAUUGAUCCUGUACAAAUAAAAUAAAUUAAAUGUUUAAAUUCAAUGAAGAAAAAAAAUAACCGAUCAGCGUAAUUAGCAGUAUCAUCAUGAAUCCAACGUUUAAAACAUUAUCAAGGGUGAGUGUGGCGACCCCUCAACGGCAUAAAAAUUGCUAUUUAUGUGAUGCAACCGUUCAAAUAGCCCAAAUUCGUCCGAUUGACCAAAUGUUUCACGAAGAUGUAAGAAAAUCACAAAAAUCAUGGGCCACUAUUUUAUCGGAUGUUUUAGAGCAAAAUAUUGAAGAGACAACCGUUCAUUCGAAAAUCGUAUGCCGAAAAUGUCAAACAAUGUGCAAUGAAUAUGAUCGCCUGGUGACACGAUUGCAACAGUUAAAACAAAAUAUCACAACGAACUUCAAUGAAACCGUUAACAAAUACAAUUUAAAAGUCAUCGAAAUGGACAUGGAACAACAUUUUGAAACGAUAAAUGAAAAUGAUGUGGACGGCAAUAUUUCAAAUAUGUAUGCAAUUGAAUCGGUUGAUGAUCCGAUUGGUCAAGUGUUUGAAAAUGAAAAUGUGAACGGUGGCAAUGAUGAUGUUGUUAAUAAUGCAAAAGAAUCACAAAUCAAAAAAGUAAUGCUCAUCAAAUCUGAAGAUGGUUCGAAUCCAUUCUUUGCCAUUUCCGGUAUUGAUGAAAGCAUCGAUGAUGAUCAGGCUAUACACACGGUUCUUUUGGAGGAUAUAAAUGAGACGACUGAAUUUGGUGACAGUGCAACAAAUACAAACGAUGGAAUGAGUGAUGAGCCGUCUGAGCAUCAUCAUGACGAUGCAAGUGAACAAUAUAUUGUGACUGAACAUUUGGACGAUGGCAAAGAAUAUUUUGAGCAAAAUGGCGAUCAAAUGAUUGAAAUUAGUACAAAUGGUGACAUGAAUGAUUCAAAUUAUUUGGUAUUUCAAGAGGAUAGCGCUGACGAUGAACCGGAUGACGAUGAAAAUUCAUCGGAAAUGGGUGAACAUCAAAAGCUAUCCACAUAUGAUGAAUCAUCGGCCGCAUCAUUUAUGAAAGACCAUUCGGAUGGUGUAACAUUUCAGGCAAAAACAUCGAUGCGAUCAGGUGGUGGCAAUAAUAAACGUGGUGGCAAUAAUAAUGCAACAACCGAAAAUAAAGUGCUAUUUUUACGUGAUGGCAAAAACUAUCAAUGUUUAUUGUGUCAACCAUCGUCGAUGGUUGUGUACGAUUCAAAAACCAUAUCGAUUCAUUUGAAAACUGAUCAUAAGGAACGGAUUUAUGUGUGCGGCAUAUGCGGUUUAGAUUUUCGUAAACGAAAUCCAUACAAUGAUCAUAUGGACGAUCAUGUGGCCGCAUUGGCCGACGGUACUUUUGAAUGUGAAUUAUGUAAGUCCAGUUUUACUGACGCACGCCAAUUUCGAAUACAUAAGAAAACACAUAAUGCACCGAAAAUUUGGCCAUGCACUGCCUGUGGUAAAAAGUAUAGUUCAAAGAAUUUAUUGGAUGAGCAUAUGAAUAUGCAUACAGGAGCACGGCCAUACAAAUGUCCACAUUGCGCCAAAGAUUUUGCCUCAAAAUAUACGCUCACCGCGCACAUGAAAAUCCAUAACGAUCGCAAACGACCAUUCGAAUGUACCACAUGCUUUAAAUCAUUUUUCAGCAAUCAAAAUCUCACACAACACAUUCGAACGCACACCGGCAUUAAAGAAUUUGAAUGUGAUGUGUGCAAAAAGAAAUUUGGUUCACAACAUAAUUUAGAAGUGCAUCGAAUCAUUCAUACCGGCCAUAAGCCAUUCAUUUGUCGUACGUGUGGAAAAGCGUUUGCACGACGUGCUGAAAUCAAAGAUCAUGAACGUACACACACAGGCGAACGACCGUAUAAAUGUGAUAUGUGCACGUCAAGUUUUGCACAACGCUCGAAUUUAAUGUCACAUAAACGUGCCACACAUUUGAACGACAAACGCUACAAAUGCGAAACAUGUUCGAGAUCAUUUAAACGGCGACGUCUACUAGAAUAUCAUAUAAAAGCAACACACACCGGUGAACGUCCAUACAAAUGUGCCACAUGUAAUGCAACCUUUGUUUAUCCUGAACACUAUAAAAAACAUAUUCGCAUUCAUACCGGAGUGAAACCGUUCGCAUGCGAAAAAUGCGGUAAAACAUUCAAUAGUCGCGACAAUCGAAAUGCACAUCGAUAUGUGCACAGCGAUAAAAAACCGUACGAAUGUUUAGUGUGUCAUCAAGGUUUUAUGCGAAAGCCAUUGUUAUAUGCACACAUGGAACAACAACAACAUUUGAACGAUCAAAUUAUUGUGAAUCCACCCGAUUUCAAGAAGGAUUCGAACGAUUUCCAAAAUGAUCAGUCGAAUGAUGGCGACAUUGUUUAUCUUAGCAUAAAUGAUGAAGAAUUUAUGGACGAUGAUGAGUUUACACUCGAAGAGGAACAUAUUGUAGAUGAAAGUGAAAUUAUCAGUGAAGAGCAUUUGAUGAGCGACAGUCAAUUCAGUAGUAGUGGUGGUGGUGGUGGUGGUGCUGGUGAUGAGUCGACAGAUGCUGGUAAUCGUCCGGACAAACAAUUUUUGGUGCGACAAAAACGACAUAAUUUAACUGGCAUUGAUCAUUUAGACGUUAAUAUUAAGGAUUCACAUGUAACAUACAUAGAAACAGCCGGUACCGACCCAGACGAUCCAUUAAAUCUCGAGCAAAUGGUGGACGGCGUAAAUGUAUCGUGGAUUGGAUUAUCAUCGUAAUAGUAUACACACAAUUGUAAUUUGCACUGAAACUCAUCGAAAAACAUAAAUGCAUGCACAUAAAUCACACCAUUUGCCAUACAAAAUGAACUAUUGUACAUUUGAAUGGAUGAGAGCUAGAGUGACAUGAAAUCUCAGGGAAAAUGAAAUGGGCAAUUACAUAAUCAACUAGCGUUUUUUUUUAUCGAGAUUUCAGGUGUCUUUAACUCCCAUACAUUUUACACUCAACACACACAUCUAAUUUUAAAUUUACUUUUAAGCUGUGUAGUAACUAAGACAUGUUCAUUUGAGAACUUUACAUUUUAAUGUAAAAUAAUAAUAUUGAUAGGAAAUUGAAUAAACAAAUCCAUUUUGAUGAUCAAUCCGAAAAUGAA